GUUUUGUCAGUUUGUGUGUUAACAACAAUCCUUGGGUGUAUAUUUGGGUUGAAGCCAAGCUGUGCCAAAGAAGUAAAAAGUUGUAAAGGCCGCUGUUUUGAGAGAACGUUUGGGAACUGUCGCUGUGAUGCUGCUUGUGUUGACCUUGGAAACUGCUGUCUAGAUUUCCAGGAGACAUGUAUAGAACCAGGACAUAUAUGGACUUGCAACAAAUUCAGAUGUGGUGAGAAAAGGUUGGCCAGAAACCUCUGCUCCUGUUCAGAUGACUGCAAGGAUCAUGGUGACUGCUGUGUCAACUACACCUCUGUGUGUAAAGGUGAGAGAAGUUGGGUGGAAGAACCCUGUCAGAAUAUUGAUAAGCCCCAGUGUCCAGAAGGGUUUGACUCACCUCCUACCCUCUUAUUUUCUUUGGAUGGAUUCAGGGCAGAAUAUUUACACACCUGGGGUGGACUUCUUCCUGUUAUUAGCAAACUAAAAAACUGUGGGACAUAUACUAAACACAUGAGACCAGUAUAUCCGACAAAAACCUUUCCCAACCACUACAGCAUCGUCACAGGGCUUUAUCCAGAAUCCCAUGGCAUAAUUGACAAUAAAAUGUAUGAUCCCAAAAUGAAUGCUUCCUUUUCACUUAAAAGUAAAGAGAAAUUUAAUCCUGAGUGGUACAAAGGACAACCAAUCUGGCUCACAGCUAAAUAUCAAAGCCUCAAAUCUGGCACAUAUUUUUGGCCAGGAUCAGAUGUGGAAAUUAAUGGAAUUUUCCCAGACAUCUACAAAGUAUAUAAUGGUUCAGUACCAUUUGAAGAGAGAAUUUUGGCUGUUCUGAGGUGGUUACAGCUUCCUAAAGAUGAAAGACCACACUUUUACACUCUGUAUUUAGAAGAACCAGAUUCUUCAGGUCAUUCAUAUGGACCGGUCAGCAGUGAAGUCAUCACAGCCUUGCAGAGGGUGGACAGCAUGGUGGGGAUGCUCAUGGAAGGCCUGAAAGAGCUGGACUUGGAUAAGUGCCUGAACCUCAUCCUUCUUUCAGAUCAUGGCAUGGAACAAGGCAGCUGUAAGAAGUAUGUGUACUUGAAUAAAUACUUGGGGGAUGUUAAAAACAUUAAAAUUAUUUAUGGACCUGCUGCUCGGCUAAGGCCCUCUGAUGUCCCAGACAAAUACUAUUCAUUUGAUUAUGAAGGCAUUGCCAGAAAUCUUUCUUGCCGUGAACCAAACCAGCACUUCAAACCUUACCUGAAACAUUUCUUACCCAAGCGUUUGCACUUUGCUAAAAGUGACAGGAUUGAGCCAUUGACGUUCUAUUUGGACUCUAAGUGGCAACUGGCCUUGAAUCCAUCAGAAAGGAAAAACUGUGGAUAUGGAUUUCAUGGCUCUGACAAUGUGUUUUCAAGUAUGCAAGCCCUGUUUGUUGGCUAUGGACCUGGAUUCAAACAUGGCAUUGAGGUUGAUUCCUUUGAAAAUAUUGAAGUCUAUAACUUAAUGUGUGAUUUACUGAGUUUGACUCCAGCUCCUAAUAAUGGAACUCAUGGAAGUCUCAACCACCUUUUAAAGAAUCCUGUUUAUACCCCAAAGCAUCCAGAAGAAUUACACCCCUUGGUUCAGUGCCCUGUCAUAGUAACCUCCAAAGAUAACCUCGGCUGCUCAUGUGAUCCCUCUAUUUUACCAAUUGUGGAUUUUCAGACGCAGUUUAAUCUGACCAUUGCAGAAGAGAAGAAUAUUGAUCAUGACACCUUACCCUUUGGGAGACCCAGAAUUCUGCAGGAGAAGCACAGUGUUUGUCUUCUUUACCAGCAUUGGUUUGUGAGUGGAUACAGCCAGGACAUCUUCAUGCCUCUUUGGACUUCCUACACUGUUCAUAGAAAUGACAGUUUCUCUAUGGAUAAUUUUUCCAACUGUCUCUACCAGGACCUUCGAAUCUCUCUUAGUCCUGUCCAUAAAUGUUCCUUCUAUAAAAAUAAUGCUAAAGUGAGUUAUGGGUUCCUUGCACCACCACAACUGAGUAAAGAUUCAAGUCAAAUAUAUUCUGAAGCUUUGCUUACUACUAAUAUAGUGCCAAUGUACCAGAGUUUUCAAGUUAUAUGGCGCUACUUUCAUGACACCCUACUGCGAAGGUAUGCCGAACAGAGGAAUGGCGUCAAUGUUGUCAGCGGUCCUGUGUUUGACUUUGAUUAUGAUGGGCAUUAUGAUUCCUCAGAGACUAUGAAGCAAAAGAGCAGAAUCAUCAGAAAUCAAGAAAUACGGAUUCCAACUCACUUCUUCAUUGUGCUAACCAGUUGUAAGGAUACAUCCCAGACACCCCUGCAGUGUGAAAAUUUAGAUGCCUUAGCUUUCAUUUUGCCCCACAGGCCUGAUAACAGCGAGAGCUGUAUGCAUGGGAAGCAUGAAUCCUCAUGGAUUGAAGAGUUGCUCAUGUUACACAGAGCACGGAUCACAGAUGUGGAGCACAUCACUGGACUCAGUUUCUAUCAAGAAAGAAAAGAACCAGUUUCAGACAUUUUAAAGUUGAAAACACAUUUGCCAACCUUUAACCAAGAAGACUGACUUUUUUAUUCUCUGCCAAAACUGCACCAUAAAUCUUUUUAAGAGAACCUUAUAUUUUAUACAGUCCUCUACUCACACUCUUGCAUUAUUUGAAAACUGUCGAGCAGAGUUAGAACUGGGAAUCCUUUGUGAUACAGACAUCUCAGGGAAACUUGACUCAACACAGCUGCAGAAGAGUGUUCCUAUCCUGUCUCACACAGACUCAACCUGUAACAAUCAUGUGGAUUGUUCAGAUUCUGGGAGUAAAGACAGAUCAUACCCAAAAGUGCUCUUCUUCUUCUCUUAAGAGAAAUGUAGCAGUGAACAUU